AAGCAAGAACCAUAGACAAGAACAGAGGACGACGUCUCUGUUCAAGGUACAAAUUAUCAACAAAUUCUGUGGAAUUUGCGCAGUUUUUCUGUCCCCCUGGACACUGGAUAUUUUUUCUCGAGGACUGUUAGACUGGAAUAGCCGUGAAACGGUACUUAAAAUCCGUCUAGAGAGGAGCUACAACUUGGUUGAAGCGUCUAAUGUACUGAUACUAAACGGAAGUAACUAGUCAGCUGCCUGUGUGAGCUCGCGAGUGUCUGAAUGCCAACUCUGUGGGUGAUGGAGUUGAGCAGGCAACUCUGUGGAAAGAUGAGGAGGUCCAGUAAGAGGGCGCAAUUCUCCUCUUCUCCUACUUCCACUUGGGGCCUCGAGAUCCACUUUUACACACCGGAGGUGCACCAGCUGGAGUACUUCAAAGGCUGCUACACUGUGGAGCAGCUCUGUGUGGAUGCUGCCAAGAAAUGCUCAAUCUCUCCCUUGUGCCAUAACCUGUUUGCCCUGUUUGAUGAGACAACUGGCACGUGGUACCCCCCCAACUAUGAGUUCAAGAUCACAGAUGAAACCAGUGUCAAGUUGCACUAUCGCAUGAGGUUUUAUUUCAGAAACUGGCAUGGAACCACUGAAGGAGAGUCUCCAGUUUGGAGACACUGCAUCAGUAAACUCAGAGGGGGACUUAGUCCACAGAAAACACCAGAAGGAACUCCCCUGCUGGACGCUGCCUCUCUCGACUACCUGUUUGCCCAGGGCCAACAUGACUUUCAGUCAGGCCUUGUUCCUUUAAGGAUGUCCCAGUCAGAAGGAGAGCAACACGAGAUAGAAAAUGAGUGCUUGGGCAUGGCUGUGCUCGCCAUCACUCAUUAUACUACGAAUGUGGAUAUGCACCUGCCCACGGAUUCCCGUGAAAUCAGCUACAAACGUUUCAUCCCAGAGUCUCUGAACCGCAACAUUAAGCAGCGCAACUUUCUGACACGCAUCCGCAUCAACAACGUCUUUAAGAAAUUCCUCAGUGAAUUUAACCGCCGCACAAUGAAGGACAGUAACAUCACACCGUACGAUCUGAAGAUCAAGUACCUGGCCACACUGGAGGGCCUGACCAGCGGCCUGGGUAGCGAGCUGUUUGAGCCCAUCUCACUCAGUGUAAAGCAGGAAGGAGAUCUCUGCAAUGGAGGUUACUAUGGGUACUACAACCAGGGUCAAGGGCAGAGCCAGAGUCAGAACAUAGAGCCCAGCCAUGACAUGCAGGUCCUGGUUACUGGUACCACUGGUAUUUCCUGGAGGAAGAAGCCUGCUGCAACAUCUGUGAUCACCAAAGAAAAGGGCAAGUCAAAGAAGAACAAGUUGGAUGGAAAACAGAAAAAUGACAAAAAGAAAGAAGCAGACGAAGGCUGGGUGAUUUUCUGUGACUUCCAUGAGAUCACACAUGCUGUCAUCAAAGAGGCCAUGGUCACCAUCUCCAGACAGGACAACAAGAGGAUGGAGUUGCAAAUGGCUUCAAGGGUUGAAGCUCUGUCCUUUGCCGCCCUCGUGGAUGGGUACUUCAGGCUGACAGUGGAUGCCCAUCACUUCCUUUGCAAGGAGGUGGCCCCUGCUUCAGUGGUGCACAAUACCAAAAACAGCUGCCACGGACCCAUCUGCACGGAGUAUGCUAUUCACAAGCUGCGUCAGGAGGGCAAUGAGGAGGGCACCUACAUCCUGCGCUGGAGCUGCACUGAUUACCAGUACAUCAUCAUCACAGUGGUCUGCACUGAGAUUGACCUGAAGGAGUCUCGUCCUGUGCGUCAGUAUAAGAACUUCCAGAUUGAGGUGGGCUCCGAUGGGUAUCGCCUGUACGGAACUGAGACUCUUCGGGCCACUCUUGCAGAGCUGCUGGAGCACCUGGAGGGCCAAAACCUUCGCACAGACAACCUCCAGUUCCAGCUGUUGCGCUGCUGCCCUCCACAGCCUAGAGAGAUUUCUAACCUGCUGGUGGUCACUAAAGAUAGAGCGCCGACCCCUCAGACCCCCAUGCAGGAGAGUCAGCUCAGCUUUCAUCGCAUUCUCAAGGAGGAGAUUGAACAGGAGGAGCACCUUGGCAGGGGCACAAGAACUAACAUCUACUCAGGCACACUGAGGGUGAAGAGUGAGGAGGAGGAGGAUGCAGGUUACUCAUCCUUCCAGGAGGUCAAGGUGGUCCUGAAAGUGCUGGGUUCUGGACACAGGGACAUAUCCCUGGCCUUCUUCGAAACAGCCAGCAUGAUGCGACAAGUUUCCCAUAAACACAUCGUGCUGCUGUAUGGAGUGUGUGUCCGCCACCAGGAGAAUAUCAUGGUUGAGGAGUCUGUCCAGCUAGGACCACUGGAUGUAUUCAUGAGGAGACAGCAUAGCCCACUCAGCACACCGUGGAAGUUCCAGGUGGCCAAGCAGCUGGCCUCAGCUCUCAGUUACUUGGAGGACAAAAAGCUGGUCCAUGGCUUUGUGUGUGCUAAAAACAUCCUGCUGGCCAGAGACGGAUUGGGCACUGAUGAAGGAGGGCCCUUCAUCAAGUUAAGCGACCCGGGAAUACCAAUCACAGUACUCACCAGAGAGGACUGUGUGCGUCGUAUCCCAUGGAUCGCUCCCGAGUGUGUCAAGAGCGUGUCCUCCCUGAGCAUCGCAGCUGACAAAUGGGGCUUUGGUACCACCCUGUGGGAGAUUUGCUAUGAUGGAGAAGUCCCUCUCAAAGACAAGAAACUCACAGAGAAGGAGAGGUUUUAUGAAACAGAAUGCCAACUGGCCACCCCAGACUGCAAAGAGCUGGCUGAUCUGAUGACCCACUGCAUGAACUACGAUCCAAAGAAGAGACCUUUCUUCAGGGCAAUCGUCAGAGACAUAGACAUGCUUGAGGAAAAGAAUCCAUCUAUCAAACCCCAGCCUACACCAGAGGUGGACCCAACGAUGUUUGAAAAGAGAUUCCUGAAGAAGAUCAGAGAUCUGGGAGAGGGCCACUUUGGUAAGGUGGAGCUGUGUCGCUAUGAUCCUCGGGGAGAUAAAACAGGUGAACUAGUGGCAGUGAAGUCCCUAAAGCCUGAGAACCGGGAGGAGCAGAGCAACAACCUCUCGAGUGAGAUUGACAUCCUGAAGGCACUCUACCAUGAAAACAUUGUCAAAUACAAGGGCAUCUGCCAAGAGGAAGGUGGUCAGGCCAUUAAGCUGAUCAUGGAGUACCUACCACUGGGCAGUUUGAAGGAGUAUCUUCCCAGAAACAAAAGCAAGACCAGCCUCAGUACCCUGCUCAGCUACUCUGUCCAGAUAUGCAAGGGAAUGGACUAUCUUGGAACUCGAAAUUACAUCCACCGGGACCUGGCUGCCCGAAAUGUGCUGGUGGAGAACGAGAGGACAGUAAAGAUCGGAGAUUUCGGUCUCACCAAGACCAUCAAGGACAAUGAAGGAUAUUACACCGUCAAAGAUGAAAACGACAGCCCUGUUUUCUGGUAUGCUCCAGAGUGUCUGACUCACUGUAAGUUCUACCGUGCCUCGGAUGUUUGGUCCUUUGGAGUGACGAUGUACGAACUCAUAACUUACUGCGACUCCACCAAGAGCCCGAUGACGCUCUUCCUUGGCAUGAUUGGCAGAACUCACGGCCAGAUGACCAUCAUCCGAUUGGUGAAGGUGUUGGCAGAAGGGAGGAGGUUGCCUCGUCCUGAGGGCUGUCCUGAGCCUGUGUACGAGCUGAUGCGCAAGUGCUGGGAGAAUAUGCCCGAAAGGAGAAUCACUUUUAAGCGCCUGGUGGAGGACCUGACCAACAUGCAGCAACAGCUCCAACCACAGAACGACAUCUAAAACUGUUGGAGCCUCUGGGAGAGAAGCUGAUUUUUUGCGUGCAGACUCGGGACCAGACGCAAAUGGCAAAACUGUCCUGAAGGAUGGGAGCUACGCGCAAAGCCGCACUCCUUCGUACUCGCAAAUAAACCCUCUAUUACAUUAAAGACUUUUGGCUCCGUCAGUCAUCAUACUCUGCCAUAUUUUUAACAUUUUUAUUCCUCGUAUUUGUUAUACUAUUUCAAUAUUUCCUUUUGCGUGUUGAGCAUAGAUUGUCAAAUGUAGCCUUAGCCCACGCUCAAUGUGACCAUAUACCUUACAAAGGACUUCCAAGUGUAUCCAAGGGAUUUAACCAUCUGCACCGACAGAAACGUCAAACUUAUGUGACUUGCUGCUCUUCUAAUGUGCUCAGACGGCCUUUACAAUUACAUGGACUCGAGAAUGAGAACGCUCUCACUGAUGGACGCUUAAAAGAUGGAGCUUAAGCAGAGAAAGGAACUGUUUAACGCCUACUUUUACACAGUUUAACAGGGUGUGUGGCAGUCUUCUUUGUGGCGGAGUAGAUCAGUGAUGGGUCGUGUUAAGAAUUGCCUGGGAGGACGGACACGGUCAUUAACGCAGCAACUGAAGAUGUGGUUUUCAAGGUUUUGUGCCACUGCUGUUUGUCUCAUGGACUCUUAUUGGGGAGAACAUUGCAGAGUUGCAUUUCUUUUAGUUAGAGAGCCGUGAAGUGGUCUGUGAUAGGUUUUCUGUUCAGGAUGUGCAGAUGCAGUCCCUAACAGCUGGCUGUAAAUUAGAGCCAACUGAGGUUUUUUUUUUCUAGCAAAAAUGCGGCAUAUUCAUUGAUUCUAGACUCUCAGUUUAAUAAAUGUAUCUUUUCUUUGUUUUACACUGUUGGUCUGACUAAAAGAGAUAUUUUAAGUUUUCGGAAACCGUGACGGGCAUUUUGCACAGACAUUCUUUAGAGCAAUUAAUUGAAAAUAAUCCACAUAAAUAAAUGAUAAAUGUUCAGGCUGCAUUGUUUUAAUGUGUGAUAAAUGCCUGUCUUAUUUAAAUGUACCAGACACAUAUGAUAAUACUUUUCUCUGAAGGGGCUGCAUCUGCACAGGAACAGUAAAUGUACUUUUAUUCUGUCAUUUUACAGGUUAUGGCUCUCUAAUCAUCUUGCAUGUGGUUUCAUUCUCUUCAAAUCAGAUGAAAUGGCAUCUUUCCUACUGUGUUAACCUCCUCAGAUUGUUUGAGGUGGUUCUAUAUGGUCUCUAACAAGUUGAGUUUGUUUAAUGUACUGGAUCUUUAAUGAAGAACUGUAUGCAUCCGAUUAGUCGGCUAAAUCAAACAUACAUUACUCGUUAAUUGAGGAGUGAUAGAUUAAGACGAGUACCUCUUAGAGACACUUGAGGGCAGUAUUGUAGCGUUCCACCAAUGCUUACCAAAUGUCUGUAUACCAUACACAAUAAUGCAAAAAAAGAAGAGCCAAUUGAUAUUAUUGCAGAUUGUAUGUUGGAAGACUUUCUGAGCACACACAGAGAUUAAAGUAAGAAAGAAUAAUCAUGGAUCAUCACAUGGUAUUUUAUGUUUGUUAUUCUAGUUAAAAAUAUAUACUUUCUUUUAAUGACAUUCAUAAUUAUGUAUGUGCAUUUUACGUGUAACAUUGUCUUUGUAAUUCUCCAAUAUGACACAUUUAUAAACGUGUAUUUUGUUGGAGUCUAGGAAUGGUUUGAGCAGAGGGUUUUUUCUAUUUGAAAUCCUGUAAAAUGUCACCCAUUGACAGAUUAUCAUGACUUAAAGAAAUGGUCAGUUCUGCAUCAUGUAACUGUAUGGCUUUUACUGUGAAUGUUGUCAGAGAACAAAAAGUACACAAAGUAGCGCUUCAGUCCACAUUUUAUUUAGGAAUGUAAAAGACAAUUCCUUCUGCUCAAAAUAAGAGAAAAGAAAUAUAUAUAUAUUUUUCAAAAAAUAAGACGCAAGUAUGAAUUAUGGUAAAAGUAUUCAUAAAUACACAAUGAAAAAAUAAAUAAAAUCAAUGUU